GAGAGGAUCCAGCUCUGCAACCAGCUCUGAGUGGAGUUUAACCUGGGACACCCCCGAGCUUUUCCUGGUUGCUGUUUGACCAAUCAGAGGGCUGAAAAAACCAUGAGGUUCCUCCUCCUGUUCUGCCUUCUGGCUUUUGGCCACACCAAACCCUACCGGCCUGUCAACAUCAUGGACUUCAUGAAAAACUAUGACAUCAUGAUGGCGGAUUCUGAUGAUGAUGACAGUGAUGAAGAGGACGAUGAGGAUGAUUAUGAUGAUGAGGACUGUCCAGCCCACUGCCGUUGUUCACCUCGAGUGGUGCAGUGUUCUGAUCGCGGUCUGAUUUCUGUUCCCGAGAAAAUUCCCGAAGACACCGAGAUCAUCGACCUCCAAAACAACGGCAUUACCGAAAUAAAGGAAAACGACUUUAAAGGCCUCAGCAAGCUUUACGGCCUGUUUCUGAUCAACAACAAGAUCUCCAAGAUCCACCCAAAGGCCUUCAGGAACAUGCACCACCUCAGACUGCUGUAUCUGUCCUACAACCAGCUGACGGAGAUCCCCGCCAACCUGCCGCCCAACGUCAUCGAGCUGCGAUUCCACGAGAACGAAAUAAACAAGAUCCAGAAGGACGCGUUUCAAGGCCUGAGGAAGCUGCACGUGUUGGAGCUGGGAGCUAACCCUCUGGCCAACAGUGGGAUCGAGCUGGGAGCUUUUAAUGGUUUCUCCACGCUGUACGUCGGGAUGGCAGAGGCCAAACUCACCGCUGUGCCUAAAGACCUCCCGUCAUCCAUCACAGAGCUGAACCUGGACUACAAUAAGAUCGCCAAGGUGGAGGUAGAGGACUUCAUCAGAUACAAAAACCUGCAGAGGUUAGGUUUGGGUUUUAACCAGAUCAAGUUCGUAGAAAACGGCAGUUUGGAGAACAUCCCGAACGUCAGAGAGAUCCACCUGGACCACAACCGUUUGAAGAAGGUCCCCCCAGGCCUCGGCUCGCUGCGCUACCUCCAGGUGAUUUUCCUUCACUCCAACAAAAUCAACACCGUGGGCUUCAACGACUUCUGUCCCAAAUCAGCGAGCGUCAAGAAGAACCCGUACACGGCCAUCAGCCUGUUCGCAAACCCGGUUAAAACCUGGAACGUUCAGCCCGUCACCUUCCGCUGCGUGACCAGCAGGAGGGCCGUCCAGCUCGGAAACUUCAGGAAGUAGUAGAAGAAGAAAGCCGGCUCUGAAUUGGACCUCCUGAUGAACACAAGGACAAACU